CCCGAUAUUCACUUGCCAGUACUGAAAAAAUAUAGUGUACGUGACAUGAACUAUAGAUUUUCAGUAUUGGCAGUGAAUACUCGGAACAUAGCCUUUAUAGAUGCUCUAUUAGCAGCCACACAUAUUUCACGAAAACGAGACCGAGCUGAAUGUGUAAACAAAGCAAUAUGGACGAAGACGCGCGUACAAUUUAUUGCGGAAAUAUAAGCAACAAAGUGACAGAAGACAUUCUCUAUGAACUAUUUUUACAAGCAGGCCCUUUAGAAAAGGUAUCCAUUCCUAAAGACCGUGAUGGCAAACAAAGAACAUUUGGGUUCAUUACAUAUAAACAUGUAAACUCUGUACAGUAUGCUUUACAACUAUUUAAGGGUACAGCACUUUAUGAUCGUAUUCUUACGAUGAAACCAAGGAACAACACUGAAGCACAAAAAAUAGAUAAUACUAUGGAUCAGUAUAUGAAUAACAGGAUGCAGCAAGUUCAAUUAUUGCAGCAAAGUCAUCAAAUAGGCAAUUUUUCAUUGUUGGAGAUGAAUCCCAAUAAUGAUAGAAAUCUUAAAAGAAUGGACCCCUAUCAAAGGGAUAGGGAUAAAUUUCGAGAGAGGGACAAAAUUAGAGAUAGAGAUAGGAAUAGGGAUAGAGACAGGGAAAGAAAUAGAGAACGUAAUCAUAACGAUUACUACAGAGAUGAAAAGCCAUAUUAUAAUAGAGACAAUAACCAUCGUUCUAACGAUUAUUCGCGAUAUAAUGGCAAUAGGAAAAGAUGGACUUAUCACUGAUGAUAACCAUCGUCAGGUUCUUUCUUUUCACAUGAUAGUUUUAUAUUUUCGAUCAUUCUUGAUUUUGAUCUGUCAAAUCUUUCAUUACUUGUUUCCUGUAAUGAUCCUAACAUACUCUUAACACAUUAAGUUAUACUAUUUUAAAAUAUAAUUCUCCAGUAAAUAUGAUUUGUAAUUAUGUUGAUAUAAUAAUCUUGAGUAUAAUUUGGAUAUAACUGUAAUUAAUUUUAUAUGUUAUAAGAAUGU